AUGCUACAAGCCGUCAUGAAGGAGAUGCAAGGCAUGUUCUCGACGAUGACAUCCUCAUCAACGACCGCUCACGCCACAUCAGCCGAGUUCGUCACUAACUCGUUAUCUGCACGGCUGCCCGAGUUCACGCACGACUCGGAAAACGGCUGCACCUUCGACGUCUGGUACAGCCGUUACGAGGACAUCAUUACGCAGGAUGGUGCUCCUCUCGACGAAGCAGCAAAGGCACGCCUCAUUGUGUCGAAGCUCGAUGCACCUGCCUACGCCCACUUCACCAACCAUAUUCUUCCAAGGAAAGCAGCGAGAUCUCACCGGCGGAGACUGUGA